GAACCUUCCGCCGACCAAGCCCGCGCGCCGCUGCCGGAAGCGACGUCCGCGCGCCCGCCGAGGAUGUGGCGGAGAGGGCAGCCUUGAGCUUGCGUUGCAUGCCGGGAAGCGGUGGGCUGAGUCGGGCGCCUGAGCCGGGCGAGACCAAGGAAGGAAGGAAGCGGGGGAGGGCAGAGAGAGAGAGAGAGAGAGAUGGACUCGCCCUGAGGGCCGUUGCCAUGUCCGGCCCCGCUUUAGGAGAAGGCUCGCCCUCCCGCCGCCCUCGGGUUUCGGAGGCACAGCAAGGUGUAUAUUACCCUUCAUCAAGAAUUGAACAAUGGAACCAGAUGUCAUCCGAAUGUAUUCUUCUUCCCCCCCACCACUAGACAAUGGGGCCGAUGAGGAGGACGAGGAGGAGUUUGGUGACUUUGGUGAUUUCUCUGGUGCUGGAGGUACCAGUGUAGGCUUUGACUUCUCAUCAGAUUACUCUACUUCAAAAGAAGAACUUAAAACUUCAUAUAAUUCUGAUUACUCAGGCAACGUGGAUAGCAUUAUAGCCUUUACUACUGUUCACUACAGUAAUGAUAAAGAAGGCAUUACAGAGCUUCCUAAUUCUGUUAAAGGACUUUCCAAUAGUAGUAAAGAGAAAUGUGAGUGUAGAGAUUUGGGUACAUCAUUUGGUAUUAUUCCAACAGAAGUGGAGAGAACUGGGAAAUCAGAGUCAUUGUACCCUGAAAUUAUUAGAACUGAUGUGAAAGUUCCAAGUCAAGUCCAGCAAGUAGAGAGCUGUAACGGUGAGAAACGGCCAUGUUCAGAAGUUCUAAUGAAUGGAUUUGCAACACCGGACACAGCAAAUUCUCAGGGAGUAGAAGAUCUGGACAGUAUCAGUGACUCAAAGGGAUUAAGAACAAUGAUCGCUCAUAGUACUGAAUUAAGUUUCGAUUCUAGAGCCAGCACAGCAGAGGAUUUUGCAGAUUUUGCCACAUUUUCAAAUAAGCAAACAACCCAGGUAGAAGAAACAGGAAAUAAAAUAUGCAAAAAUGCUAACGAAAGAGAAGGACUAAGUGUACAGGAAAACAAUAUUAUUAACAGAGUUGGAGAGAGGAAGUCUGUGAAGGAAGCUAUUUCAGACGGAAACUGUGAAUAUGAAGGGAAAACUGCCACUGAAGGUGAACAGAGCUGCAUUUCAAAAAUUAAUUUAGCAAUUUCUGAUGACUUGAAAACUAAGGAGGACUGUACAACAUUGGAACAUAACAUUUCCUCUUCCUUACAAACAAAUGUGAAAUCUGGCACAGCGGCAGCUUCUGAAGGAGAGCAUAACACUGGAAACAACAAAGACCAUGAUAAUUUGUGGACCAAUGAUACUACAAGAAUAUUAACACUUAAUGUAAGUAAAGUUCAAAGCCUUAGCAGUCUUCCUACAGAAGAGAAAGUCUGUGUUCCUGAAAUAGUUAAGAUUGGUGAAAGUGGCAAAGGACAUAUAUCAUGCAGUGGCUUAAGUGACCAUGAUUUUGACAACUUUGGCACAGUCAGUAAUGGAUCUCAUGUGUUUGUGGAUGGUGCUCAAGCUUCUGCACAGCAAGAACAUUUUCAAAUCCCAAAUGAAAACAUCAGUAAAUCAAAUAGUGAAUGUGGUGACAGAAGGGAUGCUCAUCAGCAGUCAACAAAAGAAAUUUCAAGCACUGGGUUAGAAAACUGUCCAACAGCUGAUUCUGGGUCUAUCAUGAAACCUUCUGUUGAAUUGGAAAAUGGAGAUGACAGUGAGUUUGGGGACUUUGGUUCAGUAACAAAAAAGUUUCCAGACUCUGAUGACUUUUCAGACUUCAGUUCUGCUGGUUGUGACCAAGGUACAGAGUGGAAUGCUUUUGAAGCUGAGCAAAAAGAGAGCUGCUUAUGGGCUGCGUUUGAAGAUGAACAGGGGGUGGAUUCUCAUACUGGAAAAGAUGAGUGGCCUUCGCAUAGAAAAGGCUCAACAUCUGAUGUUGAACAUUCAAUGAGUCAGGUGACCGACAGUGUUUCUACAACAUCUUUGCAUGGAAGUGGCAGUGAGCAAUUGCAGGAAUUGUCAACUUCAGCUCGGACAGUGCUCCUAAAUCGUCUAGAACGAAUAUUUGAAGCCUGUUUUCCUUCUGUACUCAUUUCUGAAAUGGAAGAAGAGAUUGUUCCUUUGAAUCUUUUGCUUGAAGUGGGUAAUAAACCUGGGAGAGCAGAGAACGCCCAAUCAGAAAGGGAACUGCUUGAUGUGUGGGCAGAGCUUCAAGAUAUCCAUGAUGCUUAUGGACUGAAAUAUCAGUGGGGAGGCUCCCACAGCAACAAAAAGCUCCUCUGCUCCUUGGGAAUUGACACCAGAAAUAUUCUCUUCACAGGCAACAAGAAGCAACCUGUUAUAGUGCCCAUGUAUGCAGCAGGACUGGGUAUGUUAGAACCUACUAAAGAACCCCUGAAACCAAUAUCUGCUGCAGAAAAAAUUGCUUCAAUAGGACAGACUCCGCCUGUAUCACCAGAAAUGAAUAUAUGUACACCUGAUCAAUUCCAGGAAUCUCUACCACCUGUCCAGUUUGACUGGAGUAGCAGUGGCCUUACUAACCCUUUAGAUGCUAGUGGAGGUUCCACUCUUCUGAACCUUGAUUUCUUUGGGCCCGUGGAUGACAGUAGCUCUAGCACCGCCACCACUAUCCCAGGUGUGGAUCCAGAAUUGUACGAGUUGACAACUUCCAAGCUGGAGACAUCCAAUACCACCAGUAAAGUUACAGAUGCAUUUGCAAAGCUAAUGUCUACAGUGGAGAAAGCAAACUCAUCAGCAAAAAAGCCCAAAAAGGAAGAACAACUCAGUGAAGAAGCUGCCAAGGUGAUUUCUAGCCUUCCUGACUUAUCUUUCAUGCAUGCCAAGGUGUUGAUGUUCCCGGCCACGUUAACACCUUCAACAAGUUGCCAAGGCAAGGUAGACUAAAAAAAUGAAUUGGACAAUUUCUAUUGAUCCCCCCUCCCAGCCCCAUUUUCAGGGUCCUAUAAAAUAAUUUUGCUUUAAUUGAAAAUUAAAGUUCAGAUGAUUUGUUGGUAAGCAGCACUAGAACGGUAUACAUAGUUAUGUAUAUUUAUUUACAUACUGGAAUCUUAAAUUUAUAAUUAGAAGAAAUGUAAAUAACUGGGGAAGGUUGAACUUUUUUUUUUUGAAGAUUUAUUCUUUUUUGUUGUGCUGGGGUGUAAACAUUAGUCUUUGUGGAAUACACUGGUCAUGUCCUUCUUAAAAAAACUUUAUAAAUAUUUUUUAAAAAUCAAAAAGUUCCAAACUUUGCUCUUCAUAAAAUCUCCACCAGUUUUUCCUUCUCCCUUCUCUUACAAUGAAUCAAUUACCUUUGAUGAAAAUCCUUUUUACUGAAAAAGCCCAAAUAUUCUUGGUCUUUCAUUGGCUUUCAUCUGAUGUGGCGUUUUCUUUUGGGGAGGACUGGGAGGUUGCUUUGCUUUUGUUUUUAGCUUUUCCACUUCUACAGUAUGGAUUUAUCAUAUUUGCCUUCCAAAGGGUUUCCUAUCAGUUCUUUUUAGUUAAGUGAUAAAUCACUGCCUAACCACUGAAUUGUUUGAAAUCUCUGUGUUAGUCAAUUUGAUUUGGGCUGGAAGGACCAAAACUUAUCUGAAUGUCUUACAGUGAAAUAUACUUGUUACAUUUAUUUUUCGUUGUUGUACCACUAUUCUUAUGUUUGAUUUUGCACAGUGUAAAUUUGACAUAAUCAUAGACUGCUAUGGUUUAGGCUGUAUGUACAGUAAAACUAUGGGUUGUAAAUGUUCGGGGAAAUUCCUAUGGAAAAAGAGAAUGCUAUGUAGAACAACCUCUAACAAGGUUUAUGUGCAUGCCUGAGGUCUUUUUUGAAAUUUCAGUGUAUAAAUUUCCUCUUAGCUUACACAAAAUAAAAAAAAAUAAAGUUCUAUAGUCUGUUA